CGGAGGGAGGGUCCCCCAGGGCGCCCCCCAACACCCCCGAUCCCCCCGGCCGCGGGCUGCUCCGCCCGGUCGGUUGGGCGGCGCGUCUGUCAGAGCGUGAGGACGGGACGCCGGCUUCGCCCUCGCCAUGGCGCCCUGGCUGCAGCUGCUGUUGCUUUUGGGGCUGCUCCCGGGCGCCACUCCGGCCCCCAACGAGCCCCGAGCGGCCGGCGCGCAGGCCUGGGAGCUGGCGUCCCCGGAGCUGCUGGAGCCCGCCCGCUUCGCCCUAGAGAUGUACAACCGCGGCCGGGCUGCCAGGACGCGGGCCGCGCUGAGGGUCGUGCGCGGUCGCGUCCGCCGGGCGGGCCAGGGGUCGCUGUACUCCCUGAAGGCGACCCUGGUGGAGCCGCCCUGCAACGACCCCACGGUGUGCCAGCUCCCUGUGUCCAAGAAAACCCUGCUUUGCAGCUUUGAAGUCCUGAAUGAGCUGGGGAAACACAUGCUGCUGAGGCGGGACUGUGGCCCAGUGGAUACCAAGAUUACAGAUGACAAAAAUGAGACUUUCAGUUCAUUCCUUCCACUGUUGAACAAGGAUCCCCUGCCCCAGGACUUUUCUGUGAAGAUGGCUUCAAUCUUCAAGGACUUUGUCACCACCUAUAACCGGACAUAUGAUACGAAGGAGGAAGCCAGGUGGCGCAUGUCCGUCUUUGCCAGUAACAUGGUGCGAGCGCAGAAGAUCCAGGCCCUGGACCGUGGCACAGCUCGGUAUGGGGUCACCAAGUUCAGUGACCUUACAGAGGAGGAGUUCCGCACCAUCUACCUGAAUCCCCUCCUAAAAGAGGAGCCUGGCAAGAAGAUGCGCCUGGCCCAGUCCAUCCCUUACCUUCCUCCACCUGAGUGGGACUGGAGGAGUAAGGGGGCUGUCACCAAAGUCAAGGACCAGGGCAUGUGCGGCUCCUGCUGGGCCUUCUCAGUCACGGGCAACGUGGAGGGCCAGUGGUUCCUGAAACGAGGGGCCCUGCUCUCCCUCUCUGAGCAGGAGCUCGUGGACUGUGACAAGGUGGACAAGGCCUGCCUGGGUGGCUUGCCCUCCAGCGCCUACUCGGCCAUAAGGACGCUGGGAGGGCUGGAGACAGAGGACGACUACAGCUACCGCGGCCACUUGCAGACCUGCAGCUUCUCUGCAGAGAAGGCCAAGGUCUACAUCAACGACUCAGUGGAGCUGAGCCAGAAUGAGCAAAAGCUGGCGGCCUGGCUGGCCAAGAAGGGCCCCAUCUCCGUCGCCAUCAACGCCUUUGGCAUGCAGUUCUACCGCCACGGGAUCUCCCACCCACUGCGGCCCCUCUGCAGCCCCUGGCUCAUCGACCACGCUGUGCUGCUCGUGGGCUACGGCAACCGCUCUGCCACUCCCUUCUGGGCCAUCAAGAACAGCUGGGGCACUGACUGGGGUGAGGAGGGUUACUACUACUUGCACCGUGGCUCCGGGGCCUGUGGUGUGAACAUCAUGGCCAGCUCAGCAGUGGUGGACUGAGGCGCACCAGCUCAGGGCCUGGUGCUGACCAGAGCAGCCCCUUCCCCUGCCUGACCUGCAUGACCAGGCCCCUCCCCAGGAGGCACAGCUGGCUGAGGGAUGGGCACCAGGUACCUCAGGGUGAGCAAAGGCCACUGGGCUAGGGGCACAGCCCCUACUCCCACCCUGAAGUUCCCCAACUGCACCUUUGUUGAAUUGUGGUAGCUAGGAGGAUCUUGGGGUGAAGGAUGAUGUCUUGGCAGCCAAAGCUGGGGCAAGAACCCUGGGCUCGGGUAAGGAGCAGGGGGAAGAAAAUAUUCUGGUCUUAAAGCCAGCUUUGUCCUCUGUAGGCUCUGGCUUCCUGCCCCGGCUUUCCUCUGAUGCUGUAAAUUUUCUGGUCCCCCCUGGAUCUGGGGACAGUGUUGCCUUCCAUGUCUAGAGAAACUGUUGUAACCAACCUUUUCUAACACAAUAAAGAGGUGUCCUGGACCCCA